AUGAAGAAGUGUGAAGACGAUGCUAAAGCAGUGAAUGCACUUCUAGGCUCCCUAGUGAGCAAUGAGUUUGCAAAAGUAGUCGGAUGCACAACAUCAAAGGAUAUAUGGGACAAGUUAAAGAGUGUUCAUGAGGGAGAUGAUAAAAUCAAAGAGGCAAAGCUGCAACACCAUAGGAAUUUAUUUGAAAGUCUAAAAAUGUCUGAGGGAGAGACCAUUGAUAAGUUUAUAAGCAAGGUAAACGAAAUCAUCAAUUCUAUUAGAGGGUUAGGAGCAGAGGUAAAGGAUGUAGUGGUGGUGAAGAAAAUAUUGAGAUCUUUACUUAACUUGUACAACCCUAAGGUGUCUGCCAUUGAAGAAUCUAAAGACAUGAACAAAAUGAAAUUAGAUGAACUACAUGGAACUCUGAUUGCUUAUGAGAUGAGAAUAGUCAAGCCCAAGCCCACAGAAAAGGAAGCUACCUUCAAAGCUUUGAAGAAAUUGAAAAUCAAUGAAGAUAGUGAACAAAAAGAUUCCGAUGAUGAGUUAAUAGCUUACCUGGCUAGGAAACUCAAGAAAGGUAGAGGUAAAUACAAAGGAAAACUUCCUUUGAAAUGUUUCAAUUGUGAUGGUAUAGGGCACUUCACUUCCAAGUGUCUAAAGAAUGAUAAAUUGAGUGACUCUGAGGAUGAAAAUGCUCAAGAAAGCAUGUUCAAGAAAGGAAAGAAGAAAGUGCAACACCAGACUACUGAAGAGUCUGAGGAAGAGGAAGAACAAGAAGCUCAGUAUGACUUAAUAGCAAAUUUGCAUUCUGCUUUAACUGAUCUCAAGGAAGAGAGGAAGAAAAUGAAAGAUCUAGAGAUUCAGCUUGUUGAAAAGGAGAACCAGAUUAGUCAGUUAAAUAUUACAGUUGAAGAUAUGGCUAAGAUCAAUGAUGAGCUGAGUGUUAAUCUAUCAUCCAAGGCAGAAGAGUGCACUACCCUUGAAGAGAAAUUGGAGAUAUUGAAGACUGAAUUAUAA